GGUACCGGUUCGAGUACACGGUGCUGCUGGACUCCGACAUUUGGCUCAGCUUCGCGGGCGACUCGCGUGGCGGUGGGGACCCGGUCGACUUCCUGCAUGCGCGGCUCUUCGCCGAGCAGCCGGCCAGGGCGGUGUUGUCGAAGGGCCUCAACGAGUUCACCACCUUCACGCAGCCUUUUGCCCUCCACAGGAGCCCACGCGCUGGGCCCAGGCCGUGCGUCCGAGACUGGGACGACAGCUUUGGCGCGCUCCACGGCACCGCCCUGCCGUUCUACGCGACGGACUUGGCCUUCGACGCGCUCAAUUGGCACGUCGGCGACUGGUCGAUUGUGGCAUACCAGCCGAGCGAGGCAUGGCGGCGGACAACGAACUGGAGGCGUCGUUUGCCACGCAGCACCACGGCGAUUACCUCUCCUUCCUGGAUCAGUGGUGCUCCAACACCUCCUCCGUCUGCCUAGACGGUAGGCUCGGCGACACCGCCCUGAGAGUGGCCCUGCCCCUGGCCCGGAGGGUCGCCGCCGCGCUGCCACCCGGCCUCGCGAGGCGUGUCGCGUACGAGACCUUCUUGGUGCACCAGGCCUACGAGGAGGAGUGCCUCGCGCCUCUGUCGGACUACGCCGACGCGUGGCGCGAGGCGGAGGCGCUGCGGUGCCCAGACGAGGGUUGGGAGCCUUCGCGGUGGGCGCCCAGAGGCACCGUCGGCGCGCGGGGGCUGCUCGCGGACGCGCUGGAGGCGUUCCUGGAGAGGCGGGCCGCCUGGGCAGAGCGCCUGGCCGAGGUGGCCGCGACGGAGCCCUGGCUGCGCCCGCCAGCUCGCGUCCGCGGGUUGCCCGCCCGCGAGCCCGUGGCGUCGCGGGACCUCGUUCACGCUGCCGCCCGCGAGCUAGCGCUGCACUGCCGCGCCUACGAGCUGCUGGCCGAGCCCGAGGGCCGCGCUCACGACUUCCUGCAGAGCCUGGGCCGCAGGUUCGAGCAGUUCCGCCUGCUGUCGCUGCCCCUGCUGGAGAGGCACUGGAGGCGGCGGGCCCACAGCCUCCUGGAGGUCGCACGGGCCUUCUCCCUGGAGGGGGAGGCCCCGAGCCUGGACGACUGGCUGCUGCUGCACUACGACGUCUCGGCUGGAGAGGACGGGUUCCCCGAGGCGAGGCGUAUGGCGUGGCAGGACCCGCGCCCCGUGCUGGGCCUACGCCGGCGCUGCUCCUCGGUGCUGGCCGUGGCGUCAGAGCCGGGGACCGUCGCGGGCGCUCGGGCGUCGUGCGCACGCGCCAGCGCGCUGCCGGAGCUGGACGGCGGGUCGGUGCUCGUGCUGCUGCCGGCGUCCAAACGGGGCAGCCCGCCUUUGGAAUCUCCCGCGGCGUGGGCGGUACUGGACUGGGCGCUGCUGCCCGCGGGGUCGCGCGACGCCGAGGGCUGGCUCUGCCGGCAGGAACUGCUGCAGGGGUGGCGCUACAGCCGCUUGGUGCUGGCGGAGCUGGCAGGGCCCCCUGGGGCCGCCUGCCCGGAGGACGGAUCCAGUUGAGACCUCGCGGCUCCCUGGGGGGCUGCCAACUGAGCAACCGUCGCCACUUUCGUGUGCUCCUGGGAGGCCCAACGGAGUGGG